AUGAUUAGCAUGGGUCGACGGGAUGGUGACAAAAGUGGCUUCGGAUUUGACUCAAGCAAAAAGACUUCCGUUGUGUCCAUCACAAAAUUCGUGAAAUCAUCAAUUCCUAUUGACACUCAAGAAAGUGUGAGUGGGAUGGUCACUUUUGGAGAUGGAAGAAAAUCUAAGAUUUUGGGUAAAGGAAAGAAUAUGGCAACUGGUACCCCAAGCUUGGAAAAUGUCUUACUGAUUGAAAAUCUUCAAGCCAACCUAAUCAGUGUAAGCCAACUGUGUGAUGGAGUAGAUGAGAAAGGACAAAUUAUGCGCAACAAAGCCAGACUUAUUGCUCAAGGUUACACACAAAGUGAAGGGUUAGAUUUUGAUGAGACUUUUGCUCCCGUUGCAAGGUUAGAAGAUAAGGAAGUUUAUGUUGAACAGCCUGCGGGAUUUAUAGAUCCUAUCAAUCCUGAUCACGUUUAUCAUCUGAAAAAGGCACUUUAUGAACUCAAACAGGUUCCAAAAGCCUGGUAUGGUCGCAUAUCUUCCCAUCUUCUUCAGAACGGAUACCCUCGUAGCAGUAUUGACAAAACUCUUUUCAUUAAAAGAACAAAAUGGGAUUUAAUGGUUGCACAAGUGCACGUGGAUGACAUUGUGUUCGGCUCAACAUCUAGCUCUCUCGUUCAUGAAUUUCAUGAGGUAAUGCGAAAAGAAUUUGAGAUGAGGAACAUUGAUGAUAGGAAAAGCACCACUGGCGGUUGGUUUUAUGUAGACAACAAUCUUGUAUCUUGGUUCAACAAGAAACAAAAUUGUCUCCCUCUCAAUUGCCAAGCCGAAUACAUUGAUGCUGGAAGUGGCUGCACUCAGUUACUGUGGAUGAAACAAAUGCUCAUUGAUUAUGGUCUUCAACAAGAUAAAAUGAUGAUUUUUUGUGAUAACUUGAGUGCUAUUAAUAUUUCCAAGAAUCUUGUUCAACACUCUAGCGCAAAACACAUUGAUAUUCGUCAUCAUUUCAUUCGUGACUUAGUUGAGGAUAAUAUUCUUUCUCUUGAAUUCAUUUUCACUGAUAAACAACUAGCUUAUAUUUUCACUAAAUCUCUUGAUAAUCUUAGGUUUGAAACCCUUAGAAAGUCUCUAGGUGUUUGCUCUCUUGAUUAA